AUGAAAACCUGUUGCUUCCCCGAACAUGGCCGGCGCAGGGAAAGCAUAUGCAAGUGUGGCUAUGCCCAGAGCCAGCACAUCGAAGGCACGCAGAUCAACCAAAAUGAGAAGUGGAACUACAAGAAACAUACCAAGGAGUUUCCAACAGAUGCCUUUGGUGACAUUCAGUUUGAGACUCUGGGGAAGAAAGGCAAGUAUAUCCGCUUGUCCUGCGACACGGACUCCGAAACCCUCUACGAACUGCUGACGCAACACUGGCACCUCAAAACACCCAACCUGGUCAUUUCGGUGACUGGUGGUGCCAAAAACUUCGCUUUGAAGCCACGCAUGCGCAAGAUCUUCAGCCGGCUGAUUUACAUUGCACAGUCUAAAG